AUGGCUCCGUGGCCUCACGGGAACGGCUCUCUGGCUUCGUGGCCGGAUGCCCCCACCCUGACGCCCAAUACUGCCAACACGAGUGGGCUGCCGGGGGUGCCGUGGGCGGUGGCAUUGGCGGGGGCGCUGUUGGCGCUGGCCGUGCUGGCCACCGUGGGAGGCAACCUGCUGGUCAUCGUGGCCAUCGCUCGGACGCCGAGACUCCAGACCAUGACCAACGUGUUCGUGACCUCGCUGGCCACAGCAGACCUGGUGGUGGGACUCCUGGUAGUGCCGCCGGGGGCCACCCUGGCGCUGACCGGCCACUGGCCCCUGGGCGCCACUGGUUGCGAGCUGUGGACCUCAGUGGACGUGCUGUGUGUGACGGCCAGCAUUGAAACCCUGUGCGCCCUGGCCGUGGACCGCUACCUGGCAGUGACGAACCCGCUGCGCUACGGCGCCCUGGUCACCAAACGGCGCGCCCGGGCAGCCGUGGUACUGGUGUGGGUCGUGUCAGCGGCGGUGUCGUUUGCGCCCAUCAUGAGCAAAUGGUGGCGCGUGGGAGCCGACGCCGAGGCGCAGCGCUGCCACUCCAAUCCGCACUGCUGCGCCUUCGCCUCCAACAUACCCUACGCGCUGCUCUCCUCCUCCGUCUCCUUCUACCUUCCGCUCCUUGUGAUGCUCUUCGUCUACGCGCGCGUUUUCGUCGUGGCUACGCGCCAGCUGCGCCUGCUGCGCGGAGAGCUGGGCCGCUUCCCGCCAGGGGAGUCUCCUCCGGCCGCGUCUCGCUCUCUGUCCCCCGCCCCGGCGGGGCCGUGCGCUUCUCCCGCAGGGGUGCCCUCCUACGGGCGGCGGCCCGCGCGCCUUCUGCCUCUCCGGGAACACCGGGCCCUGCGCACCUUGGGUCUCAUCAUGGGGACCUUCUCUCUCUGCUGGUUGCCCUUCUUUGUGGCCAACGUGGUGCGCGCCCUCGGGGGCCCCUCUCUGGUUCCCAGCCCGGCUUUCCUGGCCCUUAACUGGCUAGGCUAUGCCAACUCCGCCUUUAACCCGCUCAUCUACUGCCGCAGCCCCGACUUUCGCAGCGCCUUUCGCCGCCUGCUGUGCCGCUGCCGGCGGGAGGUGCGCCACGCAGCAGCCUCCGGGGCUGGAGAAACCUCGGAUGCCCCUGCGACGCUGACCAGACCCGCAGAGUCGGGGCUUCCUGGGGGAAUUUCUUAGGUCCUGAACGACAAGAAACAACUCUGUUCAUCCAGAACUUUUGGAAAGCCUCUGGCCUCUGUUUAGAAUGAGCCCUGUGGAGUUUCCCAGCUGGAAAUCUCUGACCUCCAGAA